UCCUUUUCCUCAAGCAGCCCUCCAAAAAUCCUCCGCCGCAGCUGAGCUUCAGGCUUUCCCCUUCUCUCCCCCUUGAAAUACCCAAGGGAAAUCCUGUGACGUUUUAUGGGCAGACAGAUCCCUUUGAUAAGCUUGAAGCACUCGCAUCUAUGGAACUGUGCUGAAAGAGCAGUCCAUCGUACCAGCCCACCCAAUGGCUCCUCCUAGUCCCAGCACCACCAGCAGUAAUAACAACAGUAGUAGCAGCAGCAACUCAGGAUGGGAUCAAUUAAGUAAAACAAACUUGUACAUCAGAGCACUGCCUCCAAACACCACUGAUCAGGACCUGGUUAAACUAUGCCAACCGUAUGGGAAAAUUGUAUCCACAAAGGCUAUUUUGGAUAAGACAACAAACAAAUGCAAAGGUUAUGGUUUUGUAGACUUUGACAGCCCAGCAGCUGCUCAGAAGGCAGUUUCUGCUUUAAAGGCUAGUGGAGUCCAAGCGCAGAUGGCAAAGCAACAAGAGCAAGAUCCAACUAACUUAUACAUUUCCAAUUUGCCACUUUCGAUGGAUGAGCAGGAGCUUGAGAACAUGCUUAAACCAUUUGGGCAGGUUAUCUCUACAAGGAUACUGCGUGACUCAAGUGGGACAAGCCGUGGUGUUGGCUUUGCGAGAAUGGAAUCAACAGAAAAAUGUGAAGCAGUGAUUGCUCAUUUUAAUGGAAAAUUCAUAAAGACACCAGCAGGAGUUUCUGUUCCUGCAGAACCUUUAUUGUGCAAGUUUGCAGAUGGAGGACAGAAAAAGAGACAGAAUCAGAAUAAAUAUAUACAGAAUGGAAGAGCAUGGCACCGAGAAGGCGAGGUGAGACUUGCUGGAAUGACACUCACUUAUGAUCCAACCACAGCUGCUUUACAAAAUGGAUUUUAUCCUUCACCCUACAGUAUUACAGCAAACAGAAUGAUCACUCAAACAUCUAUUACGCCAUAUAUUGCUUCUCCAGUUUCCACAUACCAGGUUCAGAGUCCUUCUUGGAUGCAGCCUCAACCAUAUAUAAUGCAGCACCCUGGUGCUGUACUGACUCCCUCCAUGGACCACACCAUGUCACUACAGCCUGCAUCAAUGAUAAGCCCUCUGACACAGCAGAUGAGUCAUCUUUCAUUAGGCAGUACUGGAACAUACAUGCCAGCCACAACAGCUAUGCAAGGAGCCUACAUACCCCAGUAUACACAUGUUCAGACAGCAGCGGUUCCUGUUGAGGAAGCCAGUGGUCAACAGCAGGUUACAGUGGAGACAUCCAGUGACCAUUCUCCAUAUACGUAUCAGCAAAAUAAGUAACUGUGAGGUCAAGCGUGUUAUUUGACAACACUGCUCUUGGGAUCCCCAGUAUUGGGAUAAGAACUUAUUAUAUGUUCAAGAACGUAAAGAUAGAAACAAAUCAAUUGGGAAACUUCGCACUUUCAACCGAUGGCACAGUCUGUCUACAUAGCACGACAUAUGACCUGUGUUUAUUAUAUUAGUCUGGCCAAACACUGGCACCUACAGAAAGCCCGCAUCCCUCCUUUUUCUUGCAGAACUGGGAGAAAGCGAAGGCACAGACUAUUCUCCAUAUCCGUGUCCUAGUGUUAAAAUUGUGAUUUCUACGUGUUCCCUAAGGCAAGGCUGUGGGCUGGUGUCAACCACCUUUCAAGGAAUCAUUUGUUUUGCCUUAAGUCUUCUCUGUGGGCAUGUAAGACUUGCUUACAAGUAGUGAUCUGUGGUAGACGGGGAAGCGGAAUCCUGCACGUCUUCUCCACGUCCUGCCUCUACCAGCGAGUCAGUAUCUUUCCCAUAGACUGGGGCCAGGCAGAAGGAGCAGCAUUUGGUCUUCUGAGAGGAUAAAAUGUGUUGCCAUCUGAGACACAUUUUAUAAAUCUGCUCUCUGUAGCACACCGUGCUCCGUGAGCACCUCUGUGCACUCGUUGUAAGCCAAUACUCUGUGUAUUUUAUCCUUUGGAGAAGCACUGUUACCUGUAUUUAUAUGCAGUAGGAGCCAGUGAGUUCUAUAUAAGCAGUGGCUAUGGCAGUGGGAGAGGGCACGUGGGGAAGGUUAAUAUUACUCAACUGAUUUCAGUCUCAGAGUAUGGCAUUCGGUAUUUUGGUCCCUAGAACAUGUUGGUACUUGACAUUUUUAAGACAGGUGAAGGGCAGGAAAUUGGCAAGCAGUUAUUCCUUGCCCUAAAUACAGGGCGUGCUGUGGUCUCCUAAUUAUUGUGGCUUUGUUACUAUUGUCAGACUGAAACUUCUAAAUGCACAUGCAGCACUUUGGAGAAUGUCCUAUUAAAAGUCAGUGUCCCUAUUGCCAUAAAUAAGUGAUAAAUGAAAGCUACCACAUUCACGCACGUUGAUGCAGUCAAUCAGAAAAACAUAAUUGUGUCCUUCCUUUAGCAGAUCCAUUUAAUAACCUUAUUAAUAACCUUAUUGCUUCUUUCCAAAAUGUUACUGAUAUGUGAAAAUAGUCAAAGGGAUUUAAAAAACAAAAAAAAAGGCAGUGUUAUAAUUGUAUGUGCCAUAGCACAUGCCUAGAAAUGCACAAACUUUAAAAUAACAGACUGUCUCAGAAAUUCAAAAAUCCACUUUUUUCAUUAGUAUUUUUUUUAAGGUCAAACAGCAGUAUAAGCCCCAUCUAUUUGCUUCUGCUUUGCCACAUAGUAGACUGAAAAGUCUUCCUUCAAAUUUAAUGAGCCUUGGAUUACUGUUAAAUAGUAACGAUCACAAGGGCGCAUGGGCUCUCUUUGCGUUGGCUGUCAUAACUUGCACAUAGCCUCCCUAGGACUGCACAAAAGAAAAUUGUGUACCUUUUCCAGAGAUUAAAAGCCUUGGAGAUGCAACAGGACAAAGCUCACACACUCAGCUACUUUUGGUCAGUCAAAAGAGAACAGCAAUUACAAAACAACAAAGAAGGAAAUGGCUAGGAAUGCAGUCUCGCAGUUCCUGAGUGGGAAUUCUGCAUGCUGAACAUGUAUUAGAGAUAAAGGGGAAAAAUACAAUAGAAGACUCUAUUCUGGCAGAGAGCCUUAUCCUGGGAAGUGCCAACCACCUGUAGUGCCGCCUGUGUUUACUUCCCAAAUGUGUACUUAGAUUCGCUUACUCUUCUCACAGCUGUCUAAAAUAGGAAAUGAUUUAGUUUAUAGACAGCUACAUUACAAGAACAAAUGUGAUUGUAACUCUACUCUAGCUCUGACCUUUCUAUGUUACAGAUGUCCAGUGUUGACCUGGCCUGGAGAAGGGUGCAAAGGCUGAAACAAUCAUGGAUUUUACUGAUCAAUUGUGCUUUAGGAAUUAUUGACAGUUUUGCACAGGUUCUUGAAAAUGUUAUUUAUAAUGAAAUCAACUAAAACUAUUUUUGCUAUAAGUUCUAUAAGGUGCAUAAAAAACCUUAAAUUCAUCUAGUAGCUGUUCCCAUGAACAGGUUUAUUUUAGUAAAAAAAAAAAAUUUUUAUCAAGUGUUAUGACGCAAAAAAAAAAAAAAUUCAAAUUUCUGGUUAUGCACAGAUGACCACGAAGACUUAUUCACGUGCAUGACAGAAUUUGUGUUUUGGUUUAUUUUUAUUUUGUUUCUUUUGUUUUUUUUUUUAAUUGUAUGAAAUGGAUUUUCUGAAGUUUAAAAUAGUAAAACAUCUAAGAUGAUGUUCUGUGCUUGCAGUGUGUGAGUGUUGCUUUAGUGCAGUGUUGCAGUUAUAGUGUCUGGUCUUUUAGCUUUCUGUUUUUCUUUUAAUGUAGUGUGAAGUGUCUUAUCCUUUUCUAUGAAUUCCAAUUUGCCUUAAAUCUUUCAAUGCUGUAGCUGUUUCAGUAAGUAGUCCAAACUAAUGGUGUAGAAUGCUUUGACCAAAUGAGCUGGUCUAUUAUGCCUUGUAAAACAGCAGCAUAGGGCUUUUAAAGGUAGUCAAUAAAAAUUGCUGAAAAUUUGGCUUUUUUAAUGUGUAGUAAGUGUUUUUAAUGAUUUUUCACAUAAUAUGUAAGGUAGUGAAAUGCAAGAGGGGAAAAAUGUUUUGUGUGAAACACAUUUUCUGACUGGGGAAAUUUUAAUAGGAUAAAUUGUUUGUAAGGCCAUAUGCCAAUAGGUCCCUCUGGUAGUUUGAAUGAUUUAGGAACUCUGCUGUAUGAUGCAAUGUAAAAUCUUUUUUUGCCUUUUUUCAGAAACUAACUUGAUGUUCUAGUUUUAGCCUAGGUAGAAUAGGGAGUUUGGGGUGGGGAUAUCACCGAAUGUUUUUGUCCUUCCUUUAUACUAAUGAUAGUGCUUUAGAAUGAGGAUUGUGCUGAGACUUAGCAAACAGAAAAGUUGCUCUUACAGCAAAAUGGCAAAAGCUAAAGGACUCGUUUUCAAACAUAAGCUGAGAUGUAAGUAGAAGCAUGGUUGAUUGGGUACUAGCUCUCUAUAGUAGGUAAAUAAAAAUAAAAAGACUUGGCACUUUUAAAAGGUAACUUUACCAAAGAACAAAGAGCCAGUAACCAAUAAUUCUGAUUUGUCUCAGCAUUACGUCUUCUGUACUCUUUAUUUUUGCCGGACCAGUUUGCGGUUAGGAGAAUGUGCCUUUUUUGUACAUUUGCAUUUAGGUUUUAUAAUUUUAAUUGAUGUAUGGACACAAAAGCAUGAAGGAAGACUUGGAUCCAAGCAGUGCCACACUUUACAUCAUCACUACAAGUGUUAAGUGUAAAGAAAACCAAUUUUGAAACUAUGAAAUUCCUGAUUCAUAAAUACACAGUUAUUUGUACUUCACGUAUUAGAUAAUUCACUGCUACUAAAGCUCUUUAUUACAAUUGCAUAUGUUUUAAAUCAAAUGAUAAAUUAAGUUGUCUUCCAAAACUGUGUACUUCUCUGGUCAGCUGUAUAUGAUCAGUUAUCUACCUCAAAGUUUAUUUCCUUUUGUAUUGGGACAGGUUGCUGGCCCUCCCUGUUUCCACAGACCAAAUCAUCCUAGCUCGGGAGCUAGGGCUAAGCAGUUGUUUCUUUCAAGUAUUUUUUAGUUUUUAAAUUUUGUGUGAGUAUUGGAGUAUAGAUGUCGGUGACAUUUCAUAGUUUCAAAAGUAAAUUGCUGCUCUGAGAAGUGUAGAUUCUAGUGAAAUACAUAGUCAUAAGAGAUGUGUUUUUGUUUUUUCUUUUUUUAAAAAAGUUGUGGUAUUAUUGGUUCUAUGCUCCCUGGAAUAUUACUGCUUUGUAACAGUCCAGACUUCCUUGCAGCACCUUUCCUGUAUCUGGUGAAUUUCCAAGCCUAGAUCUCUCACUACUUGAUAUUUCUGCGUUAGUUAAAACUGCAGUAUGAUAGCUGUGUUAGAGGGAGGGAAGAGCUGCUGCCAGAAAUGUCUGAACUAAGUGCCAUACUCAUUGUCUGGGUAAGAUUUGGGAAAUUUAACCUCUGUACAUAAAGAAAUAAUCAGUUACUUAAACAUCACAUAGUAGACAGCCAUUAAAUUAUAAAAAAAUUAAUUUAUGAAGAAAGACCUUUUGUACAGAUUGAAAAAAAAAAAGAUUUUCAUAGAGAUAUCUAUAUGAUCAAGAGAGUUAAUUUUUUAUUUUUGUUUUACUAGUGCCACAAACUUGCCAGUGGUAACUUAUUUGUCCGGUUCAAGAUAACUCUGUAGUUUUGUUUCCUAGGACUUGUUGUUAAACGCCAAAAGACAUUUUUGAACUGUAAAUUUGAUUAGAUUGUUAGCUUUUUUCUGUUUUAUUUCUUUGAAAACUUUUGAAUAAAAAAGAUCCAA